AUGGUCAUCAAGCUAACGAUGUACUCCCAAAUCAUUCUUCUCGCUCUCGUUUCCUCCACCUUCGCUCAAACAUGUAUUACAGGAACUGAUGUAGGACCUUGCACCACCCCUUGCCCUUCUGGAACUCAGUGCGAUGCUGGUCGCGCCAACUGCUGCGUCCUUAAUAACUCGACAACAUCCACUAGCUGUGUCGAUAAGACCAAUCCUCGCACUGGAGUUUCUGACUGCCCAGCCAGAUCCAACUUGUGUAACGAUUCUGUAUACUAUGACUUGAUGACAGUUCAAUGCCCAAGAACUUGCAACAGAUGCGGAGUUGCCUCCUCAACCACCACAUCAUCAACCACCACAUGUGUUGAUUUGACUGGCCCAAGUGGAGUUUCGGACUGUGCUAGAAGAGCUAACUUGUGUAACGAUGCCACCUACAGAACUCUCAUGAGACAACAAUGUCCCAGAACUUGUGGCUUCUGUUAA